UUAAAUUUCACUUGUUGAAAACGGCGCACUUCCAGCCUGUGUGUAAAGAAAUAAAACUUCUAAUCUACUGCAAAUUUUGUAUUUACAAAAAAAAUAUAGAAGUAGUUUUAUUUUAUAACAAAUUUAAACUAAAACUAUUUCUUGUCAAACUAUGAGCGGAAAGAAAACUAAAUCAACAGAAAACAACGAAAAUCUGUGCCCCUUAUCAAGAAAACGUAUCAAACCGACAACCCCAUCUUGGACGGAAGUUAAAUCUGUUGAUAUUCCACAUUCUCUAGAAGAAAUGGGUAUCGGUAUGCUAGAAUCCGAUGAAUCAUCUUCUUCAGCGUCGGCAAUUGCACUGGCCGUUAGUGCCAGCGAUGAAAAUUCAAAUGAAGCAACUCCAAACUUAGAUGCGCCAAAAUUUUGCCACCACCACACUAUGCAACAAAAUCGUCUCAAUUACAGUGCUGACUUGGACACUACAGAUAAUGCAAUUUAUUCAAAUGACUCGCUAAAGUUACAAAACUUUAAUAAAACCGUAAACAAUAACAACAACAAUGGCUAUAAUUCGACAGAAAAGUACAAUGAUCCACGCAACAGCAGUGAAAAGAAGAAAAAAGUUGCAAUAUUAGGUGCUGGAAAUUUGAGUUCACAAAAAUCUCGUAGUCCCUUGGCGACUGUGGCUUGCAACAACAAUUAUAAAAAUAUAAGUAAAACACAGGCACCAACGUUUGUUGGAUCCAUUCAAGAAAUAACUCCGUCAUCUUCCGGUGCAUCGUGCAGUUCAAAGGAAACAACAAAUGUCCCGUCAUCAUCAUCCUCAGCUGCAUCUAAGCAAUUUUUUGUUCCCGAUGAGAAUUUCUUUUUAUACAGAAAUCGAGCUCUGCGUGGAUCCGAUGGAAAGGAUCAUUUUUCAAAGCUCUCCGAUGAGAUUAUUCUUCAAAUUUUUAAAUUACUACCCAAAAAGACACUCAUUCGAUGCAGCUAUGUUUGUCAGAGGUUUAAUUGUUGCGCCAGAGAUGAGUCUCUAUGGACUCGAUUAGAUUUAGGAGGUAGAUCACUUCGUGCAGGAGCUCUUGGUGAUAUCCUGCCUCGUGGUGUUGUAAUUUUACGACUGGCUCAAUCAGAGAUGAGUCAUCCCAUAUUUGAUCCAGAGCUUCUUCAAAUGUAUCCCGAUUUUGAAUGUAAACUACAGUAUUUAGACCUUAGUAUGGCAGUCAUAACAAAACCCUCGCUUAAGUCCUUACUUUCGCGGUGUCGACAUCUAAAAAAACUAAGCCUAGAACAUGUUCCAGUAAACGAUGAGAUAUGUGAUGAAAUUGCCAAGAACAAAGACUUGGAAGCUUUAAAUUUGGCAAUGGUUAGCGGUCUAGAAGCGUGGAGUAUACGCAAGAUGAUGAUUGAAUUGCAAGACUUGACCAGUUUAAAUUGUUCUUGGACAAAUUUAAAUGUCGAUGGUGUUUUUGCUCUUGUUUCCAAUGUAUCUCCCAAUUUAAUGCGGCUGAAUUUGUCUGGUUGCAGAAAGACUAUGUUUGAUUCCCAUUUAGUAACUCUUGCAAGAAGAUGCCCACAAUUAAUUGAAUUAGAUGUAUCAGACUGCACUGCCCUUUCAUCGAGUGCAGUAACUUUUAUUUGUAAAUUUAUGACCCUCGAAUAUUUAUCUCUCUCAAGAUGCUAUCAAAUAUUAGCACCAGCUUAUAUGGAUUUAAAUCAUAUUCCAACAUUAAAGUUCUUAGACGUAUUUGGUAUAUUAUCAGAUACCGCUUUAGAAAUGCUAGAACAGAAUUUUCCACAAAUAGGAAUUAAUAAAUUUAUUCAUAGCUCGGUUGCAAGGCCGACAGUAGGAACAAGAAGAACUUCUAUAUGGGGGCUUCGUACACGUGAUUAAAGAGCUAUCGAUUGUAUAUUCAAGUAAGAUCAACAGGAUUAAUAAGUUGUAAUUUAAAUUAAAAAAAAAAAACUAAAUGUUAGAGCAAAACAUUUAGCUUCAUAUUUAAGUUGUUUCCUAAUUUUUUUGAAAUUAUAAGUUCAAUAUUAAUAUUUUA